AUGGAGAAGAUGUCCUACGACUCGACCUACGAUUCGACCUGGUCCUCGCCCAACUCCUCUAACGAAACCUCAAACAGUCUCGAAGCGGUCGACUCAUCUCCCUGGCCGAAGGUGCUCAUUCCCGCGCAGGCGAUGCCAUCGUCGUUUUCACUCGGACAUUCUAAGACCAUCCUCUCUGACUCUGACACCUCAUCUCGGAGUAGCAGCCAGCGUGAAACUGCCGCCGAACUGUUUGGCUUCAAACCAAACUACUACCCGCACUUUGACCCGAAGGAGUACUUCUGCGACACCGUCGCCGUGGAGAACGCCUCCAUGGUGGCGCAGAUUGUGGGGAAGAAGGGCGCCAAGAUCAAGCACCUGGUCGCCAAGUUCGGCACUCGCAUUCGCACCCCCAACGUCGACCAGGAGCCCGUCUUUGUGAUCAAGGGCAAACGCGCCGAUGUGUACAAGGUGAAACAGGAGAUCAUGAGCGCUGCUGCGCACUUUAUGCGCAUUGAAUUAACUAAACGGGAAAAGCUCGAUUCAGUUAUGAACUCUGAGGAAUCGACCUCUAUCAAGCUCUUCGUUCCCACUCGCUACGUUGGCCUCGUCAUCGGCCGCAACGGCCGCAUCGUCCGGGAACUGCAAACCGCUCAUCAGGUGUUCAUUGAGACUCCGAAGUUUGAUCUUCGCCACUACUUCUGCAUCUACGGAACCGAGUUGGCUAUUCACAGUGCAAUCAAAGCCAUCUACGAAUUGCUGGUGAAACGAAGUGGCAUUUGCUUCUCCCAAUCUCAGAACCAGGUCGGCAACGAGGUUCACUUUGUUGAAUGA